AUGGGUGAAAACAACGACAAUAAGCUGGAUUUGUCUUCACUAAGAAAUAAGAUUUCUUCAAAAUUACGAGACAAUAGCAGUAUAAAGGCGAAGAAAGUUCAAAAAGGCAAGGAGGUGAAGGCCAGUACUGAUGCGAAGAAAGUAGACGAGGAUAUACGUCGCGAGGCAUUAGCCUUGGGUGCAAGCGAAGAAGAUCUAGAAUUAAUUCAAGGAUUAAGUGAUGAUGAUGAUGACGCUAAGAGCGAACAGGAAUUUGAUGCCACCGCUGAUGAGGACGCUGACGACAAAGGAUUCAAGAAUGAUCUUCAAAAUUUCAUGAAGAAUGUAGGAUUUGACAAGCACAAAUUCGAAGAUGUAGACGAUGAUGAUGUAGAAGAGGAAUCCUCUAGCUCCAAGGAAUCUAAAAAAUCCGCACAACCAAGCCCUGUAACAACGACAAUAGAGAAACCUAUUCAAGAGUCAACCGAUAAUGGUAUGAAACAAGAAGGAAACAAGGUGGAAGAAACUAACCUUAGUUCAGACCAAGAGCCAGAAACAGAAUCAGCAGAAAAAGAAAAGGAAGAGAAGAAAGAUGGCGGUUUAAUCACGCAAACAACAAUCAUCUCAUCUGAUAAACUUAUUAUUCCUUACGACAAACCAUGGUAUGAAAUUCCGUUGGAUUCUCAAGUUGGACAAAACGAUGAUCUUGAAGAAUUAUCCAAAGAACAAAUUGAGAAACUUUUUGAAAGAGGUAAACAAACAUUGGAAGCUGACAACCAAACUUACUACGAAGAGUUUACAAAGGACUCAUCACAGGCAAAAUUCAUGUCCCAAAUUCUAUCAGACGGUACCCUUAACGAUAAGAUAUCUGCCGUAACUUUACUGAUUCAAGAUUCGCCAUUGCAUAACACUAAGUCUUUAGAAACUUUGGUUUCCUAUUGUGGUAAGAAAUCGAGAAACUCCGCUUUGCAAAGUUUAAAUGCCUUGAAGGAUUUAUUCUUGAAUGGUCUUUUGCCCAACAGGAAGCUGAGAUAUUUCAAAAAUCAACCCGGCCUAUCAAUGAUGCUAAAUAAGAAAACUCUUGCCAUUUUCUAUUUCGAAGAUUAUUUGAAGAAACUAUUCUUUCGUGUUUUAGAAGUCUUGGAAGUGCUCUCCCACGAUCCAAUUAUUCACGUUAGACUACAAGUACUAAAUCAUGUAUUUGAUUUAUUGACCAAUCAACCCGAACAAGAAUUCAAUUUACUGAGAUUAGGUGUCAACAAAAUUGGUGAUAUUGACUCCAAAGUUUCUUCAAAGGCUUCAUAUUUACUACUAAAGUUAGAACAAGCCCAUCCAAAUAUGAAAUCCAUCGUCAUCGAUGCUAUUGUUGAUAUCGCAUUGAGACCAAAUGCCGACUAUCACACCACCUACUAUUCUGUUAUUACUUUAAACCAAACCAUCUUAAAAAGAUCAGAAGAUUCAGUUGCUAAUAAGUUGGUAAAAACAUACUUCACUUUAUUUGAGAAAUUCUUGAUUAAUACUGAUAAGGAUAAUACUAAUGGCGUUGCCAAGAGUAACUCAAAAUCAUAUGAGGAGAAAAGAAAGAAGAACUUUAAAAAGGGUAAACACGGUGGUAAAUCUGUGAGAAACGAAAAAACGGAAAGUGAAGUUUUAGACGAAAAAAACUCAAAAUUAUUCAGUGCUUUAUUAACAGGUAUCAAUCGUGCAUUCCCAUUUGCUCAAAUUCCAGCCUCAGUUUAUGAAGUACACAUGGAAACCCUUUUCAAAAUCACACACUCCUCAAACUUUAACACCUCAAUUCAAGCGUUAGUUUUGAUUAAUCAAGUCACUGUCAAAGCGAAGUUGAACGGCGACCGAUAUUAUAGAACAUUAUACGAAAGUUUGUUUGACCCCAGGCUGGUGAAUUCCUCCAAGCAGGGUAUUUAUUUGAAUUUACUUUACAAAUCAUUAAAACAAGAUGCACUAAAUGUAGAGCGAGUAGAAGCUUUUGUCAAGAGAAUUCUUCAAGUUUGUUCUCAUUGGCUGAACGUUGGUACAAUUACCGGUUUCUUUUUCUUAUUAAUCCAAUUAGCUAAAACAGUACCACAAAUCAAAAACCUUUUAACUAAUACACCAGUUGACUAUGAGUAUGAAUCCGAUGCAGAAGAGGAACAAAAUGGUAAGGACAUAAAAAGAAAGGAAUAUGAUGGUCGUAAGCGUGAUCCGAAAUUCGCCAACGCAGAAAAGUCUUCAUUAUGGGAAAUUAAUAGCUUCAUCAAUCAUUUCCACCCUACAGUGCAAACAUACGCGAACGCCUAUGUAACAGGAGAAACAGAGCAAAUAGCUAAACCAGACUUGGGUCUAUUUACCCUAUCACACUUCCUGGACAGAUUUGUCUAUAGAAGUGCCAAGCAAACCAAUGCCACAAGAGGUACAUCUAUUAUGCAACCUUUAUUCAGUGGUUCACGAGUUAACGACUCUGUUUUAGUCAAGGCAUCUGAUGUUUUGCACGAUCAAGGUCCCGUAAAUACUGAAGACUGGCUGACUAAAAAGGUCGAAGAUAUCAAACCUGAGGAUAAAUUCUUUUAUCAAUAUUUCACCAUCAAGAAAACUGCUGAUAGAAAAGGAAAGAAAUCUAGUAGGGGAUCUAAUUUUGAUACUGAUGAUGAAAUGGAUGAAGACGAAAUUUGGAACGCUCUGGUUAAAUCUAGACCCGAUGUAGAAGAUGACAGUGACGACAGUGAACUUGACUUCGGUGAAGAUGAUUUCAGCGAAUCAAGCGGUGAAGAUGAAGCUAAGCUGGACGCAAUUGACGAUGAAGAUGUUAAAAGUGAAGGCAGCCAAGAAAGUGAUCAAGAAGAAGGCCUCGAUGAGGAUAUUUUCUACAGUUUCGAUGGGGAACAAGACGGUGGAGAGAAGAAACGUUCUUUCCCUGAAAGUAGUGAGGAAGACGAGAACAACGAAGAAGAAGAAGAAGAUACAGAGGCCGCCGCAAAAAGGGCAAAGAAAAAGCAAAGGAAGAAUAUGCUCAAAAGUCUACCGGUAUUUGCAUCCGCAGACGAUUAUGCUCAAUAUUUAGAUCAAGACUCAGACUAA